AUGCAGCGUCCUGCUGUUAAAUUCACACAGAUCUUCAUUAACAAUAAGUUUGUCAACAGUCUGUCGGGUAAGACUUUCGGAGUGGUGGAUCCAUCAACGGCGAAGGAAGUAUGCCGCGUAGCGGAGGGUGAUGCGCCUGACAUUGAUUGUGCAGUAAAAGCAGCUAAGGCGGCCUUCGUUCGAGAUUCAGCAUGGCGCUCCAUGGAUGCUUCACAUCGCGGCCGUCUACUCUAUCGGCUUGCUGACGCUCUCGCUGACAACAUCGACUACCUUAGCCAGUUGGAGGCCAUGGACGCUGGCAAACCUUUGGCAUCUGCCCGGGGAGAUGUGAAUUUCGCCAUCGACACCAUUCGCUAUUAUGCGGGUUACGCGGAUAAAAUCCACGGCAAGGUGAUCCCCUGUGACGGUGACGUGAUCUGCUACACUCGAAGGGAGCCAGUUGGGGUGGUGGGCGCCAUAAUUCCCUGGAAUUACCCACUCGAUCUGAUUGCCUCGAAGGUGGCUCCAGCUCUGUGCGCCGGCUGCUGUAUCGUUGUCAAACCGGCUGAGGAGACUCCACUUAGCGCACUCUUCUUUGCUCAUCUCGUUGAACAAAUCGGUUUCCCGGCAGGCGUGGUGAACGUGGUUCCGGGCUUUGGCGAGACGGCCGGUGCCGCGUUGGCGUGUCACCCCGACGUGAACGCGGUGACGUUCACGGGAAGCACUGCCGUGGGUCACUCCAUCAUGCUCGCCGCCGCCCCUACCUUUAAGCGUGUCAAUCUCGAGCUGGGCGGGAAGUCACCGCUCAUAAUCUUCGCCGACGCCGAUCUUGAUGCGGCUGCAUCAGUGGCGUUUGAGGGUGUGAUGGAAAACGCUGGGCAGUGUUGUGUGGCAGCCACUCGCACUUUCGUGGAGGCCCCUGUGUAUGAGGAGAUGCUUGAACGUUUUUGUAAACUUGCUGAGCAACGCGUUGUUGGUGAUCCGUUCAAAUCUGGAGUUGAGCAGGGUCCCCAGAUAAAUCAAACACAGUUUGAUAUGAUCAUGAAAUUCAUUGCCUCGGGUCGUGAGGAGGGCGCUCGUCUAGUGGCUGGUGGUGAACGUGUUGGCAACAAGGGCUUCUACAUCGCACCCACCGUGUUCGGUGACGUAAGCGAUGAUAUGCGGAUCGCACGUGAGGAGAUAUUUGGACCGGUGCAGGUAGUGCUGCGGUUUCACGACCUUGAGGAGGUGCUUCAACGCGCCAACGCCUCACAUUAUGGCCUCGGCGGCGGCGUCUUCACCACCGACAUGGACAAGGCCCUUCGUGUUGCACAGGCCCUUGAGGCUGGCACCGUUUGGAUCAACAGCUACAACACCUCGCCUGUGAUGCAGCCGUUUGGAGGCUACAAACACUCAGGAAUCGGUCGAGAAAACGGAAAAGACGGGCUCAAGUUUUUCACCGAAGUGAAGACGGUUUCAAUGCCAAUUUCAAAGAAGAAUUCGUAA